AACCCAAUGGAUGGGAAACGCGGAAGUUCGCUAAACCUGACAGAGUUCUUGCACAAUCACAGUGGGUUUAAUGGAGAUGAAGUGAACACGACGAGUGACAAGGGAUGCUGGACGCGUCUCGGGAAAUCUUUUGUUUACUCUUUCGAUCUGAUGGUUGGAUUUAAUCUCAGGUAGUCAGGAAAACCACCCUCCGUACAACGAUCGACAGGCGAUGCGUCUCUGAUGUGAAUUCAGACGCUCUUCUACUGCCUUCUUCAGACCUUUAAACCAGACUCAGCUGUCAGGCUCCAGAGUCACAUAAUGAGCGCUGCUGCCAGUGAGGGUCAAGCGCCCUCCAUCUCUGCUGGAGAUCCAGAGGGACUCAGUGUAAAAGAUGUCAGUCAGUCGAUCAUGGAGUUCCUGAUGUUCAUGAUGAGAGCGAUUGUCCUGUGCUAUCCCGUGUACCUGACCGGCUCGCUUGGACUCAGCAUCAGCUGGAUUCUUCUGAUCAUGCUGAUGUGGACCAUGUGGAAAAACAACCGCAGGUGGAAAGAUCAGAGGAUCGACACAGCCAUCGACUUUUUGGAAAACGAGAAGGACGUGAUCAGCACUGAACUCAAAGCCAUGAGCAUGCCAGCUUGGAUUCACUUUGCAGAUGUUGAGAAGGCUGCUUGGAUCAACAAGAUUCUUCAGCAAGCGUGGCCGUUCUUUGGCAUGUACAUGGAAAAGCUUCUCAUUGAUAACAUUCAGCCAUCUGUAAGAUCGUCCAGCCCCCAUCUGAAGACCUUCACCUUUACUAAAGUUCACAUGGGGCAGAAUGCUCCAACUAUUACAGGUGUACGAGUGUACACACAUGAGCUGGAAACAAAAGAGGUCAUCCUCGACUUCAACAUUAUUUAUGAUGCUGAUGUAGACAUUGAUGCAGAUGUUAAACCAGCCAUCAAAGUAGGAGUCAAAGGCCUUCAGCUUCAGGGAAUGCUACGUGUAAUUCUGGAGCCUCUGAUUGGCCAGUCACCCCUUGUAGGUGGGGUCACCAUGUUCUUCAUUCGUCGACCUGUUCUGCAAGUCAAUUGGACUGGAAUGACUAAUGUUUUGGAUGGUCCAGGACUAAGUCAUUUGUCAGAAUCGGCCAUUGUGGACAUCAUCGCCUCUCUCAUGGUUCUGCCUAAUCGCAUGUGCAUCCCUUUGAUUGAUCAAGUCAAGGUUGACCAAAUGAAGUUUCCUCUUCCUCGAGGUGUUGUACGGGUCCAUGUUUUGGAGGCCCGGGAUCUUGUAGCAAAGGACACGUACAUGAUGGGACUUGUAAAGGGCAAGUCAGAUCCAUAUACUGUGCUGAGGGUCGGAAACAAGCAAUUCAAAACAAAGACCAUCAAAGAAACUUUGAAUCCACGCUGGAAUGAAGUUUAUGAGUUUGUCAUUCAUGAAGCUCCUGGGCAAGAAUUGGAGGUGGAACUUUAUGACGAAGACACAGAUGCCGAUGACUUUUUGGGCAGGUACAGUCUGGAUUGUGGGGAUGUGAGGAAAAACAGAGAAUUAGAUGAGUGGUUCACCCUGGAGGAUAUUGAGAAUGGUCAGAUACAUAUGAAAUUGCAAUGGUUUUCUUUGCACGCAAACCCAGCACUACUGCAGGAGACCAGAGAUGGGCUUGCUUGUGCCAUGUUAGCUGUAUACUUGGAUAGUGCCUCUAAUCUGCCUAAAGACCACCGUGAAUUCACCCAUAAUGAAAAGCAGGGAAAACCACCCAAAGAAUCUCGGUUCACCAGAAAAACCAAUGAUCCCAACUCAUAUGUGGAGAUUUCCAUUGAUCAGCAAAGUCAAAAAAGCAAGGUUGUGUAUGCCUCGAAAGACCCGACUUAUGAUGAAUGCUUCACAUUCUUUGUGCACAGUGUGAAUAACCAAGUGUUGAAUGUCGAGGUAAAAGAACACGAUAAAAAAUCCUCACUGGGCAAGCUCACUCUUCCGUUGGUCCGGCUACUCAAUAUAUCCGACAUGACCAUGGACCAGCGCUUUCAGCUUGAGCGCUCCGGAGCCAACAGCCAUAUCAAGAUUAAAGCUGUUCUCAGGAUUCUUACCUUGGAUAAACCUGAACCAAAGGUUGUCGCUCCACCAAAGGCUAAGGCAAAGGUCUCAUCUCCAACUCCAACUCCAGCUCAGCCUGUACAGAGCAACCCGAAAGAAAAAGCACUGGUUUCAUCUGCUCCACUCUCCAGAACACAGGCUGUUCCUGUCCCUGUGCCAUCUUCAGUCAGCUCCUAUAAUGAUCUUCAAGCAGAGUAUACUCCCUACAGACGUAGCACUUUUGUUGGCACAGAGGCACUGCGUUCGAUCCCCUCCACCCCCAGUCAAAUGCGUCGCUACGAUUCCCACAGUCUGUUGUCAGAGAACUCGAUAGCUUCUUCUCGCUUCGAUCUAACAGAUAAUGCCACUUAUCCAGAGGCCAUCCUGAAUCAUCAGGGCAGCUUUGGGCAGAUUCAACUCACAUUGCGUUAUGCCACCUUAAGAAAGCGGCUUAUUGUUAUUGUCAGCUGCUGCAAGGAUCUGGUCUCCUGCAGCGAGAGCGGCUCUGAUACUUACGUCCGCAUGUAUCUGCUGCCUGAUCAGACGUGGAAGCACCGCAAGCGCACUCCGGUUAAAAAGAAGACUGUGGACCCUGUCUUCAAUGAGACAUUUGAGUUUUCUGUGUCAAUGGAGGAAGCAAGAACAAGAAAGUUGGAUGUUGCAGUAAAAAACAAUAAAAUGCUUCACAAAAGAGAGAGAAAGGAGAUUGGAAUGGUUUUGAUUGAUAUGUCUGAAAUGGAUCUGAUCAAGGGAUCCACAGAUUGGUAUGAACUCACUCUCCCUGGACUAAAGAAGACAAACUAAUAGAACUAGUCACAAAUUAACUGAGCGCAUAGUUUUUACAUUCAUUUUCACUUAAAUUCUUUGUGUGUGUAAUAUAGUAAUUUCUUGACAUGACAGGAGGUGAUCUGGCUUUAAAUAUUUUUUUCAACCUUUCUGUCCAAGUAUAUUUGUGACCCUGGACCACAAAAACCAGGGUUAAUUUUUCCUAAAAUUGAGUUCUGAUGUAUUUACCGUAGGAAAAUUACUAAAUAUCUUGAUGGAACAUGAUGUUUACUUAAUGUCAUAAUGAUUUUUGACAUAAAAGAAAAAACUAUAAUUUUGCCCCAUACAAUGUGUUUUUGGCUAUUGCUACAAAAAUACUCCAGCGACUUAAAACUGGUUUUGUGAUCCAGGGUCACAUUUAAAUUUAGAGUUUUUGUAUAUAAAUAUUAUGAAGAUGAUUUUAAAAUGUAUUAGUAUUAUUUUCGGUUGUAAUAAUGGAAUGCAAGGUUCCUAAGAUAUUUUCCCCCUAAUAUAUCUUUAUACGCCUACUUUCUGGAUAAAUCAGAAAAUUUACUGUAUUUACUUAUUUUUGUAUUUGUAACUAAGAUGUGGAAUAGCAAAUUGUGCCUAUAAAUGUUUUUGAAUGCCAAAAGUAUCAACUGUAUGUUGUAGAAGGGUGUAAGAAAUAACAAUAAAACAAACUCAAGUUUUCUGUGA